UCUACAUCCACUUCAUAACCUCAAAUCAUGUCUCAAAGUCAAGAAUUCAGCGAAGGUUUCAAAAAGGGCCUCAAAGUCCGCGGCGAAGUUCUCGGCGAAGAAUAUGUCUCCAAAGCCGUCGCAAGUCUCGACAACGAAUACUGGAAACCCGCGCAAGAACUCAUCACAGAAUAUGCUUGGGGGAAUGUAUGGACUCGUCCUGGUCUUGAUAGAAAGCAGAGAAGUCUCCUCACAUUGGCGUUUCUGACGGCGCAAAAGGCAUGGCCUGAGUUGACUUUGCAUACCAAGGGAGCUAUGCGGAACGGUUUGACUGAGAUUGAGAUUCGAGAGGCGGUUUUGCAGUCGAUGAUUUAUCUUGGUGCUCCUGUUGGACUAGAGGCUAUGAGGGUUACUGAGAAGGCCAUCAACGAGUUUAAGGCGCAGAACGGAGGAGAAGCGAGUGGCUCAAAGGAUUGAAUGAAACAAUUGCCAUGAUAUUUUUGGUAAAUUUGUAUCCAUUAACCCUUAAAUCGUUGAACUGACUCGUUCAUAUCAACGACGCGAUGACUUCCCUUGUUCCAUGCGGGUCAACGGAAGUAGCACGUGUUCGACCCCACCAGAUGCCAUCACCUUAUUUACCCCUCCUCAUACUUGAACAUCAUACUCGUAACAUAUACC